CCGCUGCCUUCCGCCUCCCGCGGAAGCGCAUAACGCCGGAGCCGCCGCCGAGCAGGAAUCCCUUGAAGGUCUCCCUGGGAAUGGACAGCUACCUCUAUUUCUGGAGGAGAGUCGUGGCACUGGAAGAAGCCUUCAAGGCGAGUCAACAAGGGUGCUGAUAACUCUGGGAAGAGCACAGGGAAGGGGCGACCUUCCAGGCCAGCAGCCAUGCCUUUCGGGCUGAAGCUGCGACGGACCAGACGCUACAACGUCCUGAGCAAGAACUGCUUUGUGACAAGGAUCCGUCUGCUGGACAGCAAUGUCAUCGAGUGCACCCUCUCCGUGGAGAGCACGGGGCAGGAGUGCUUGGAAGCUGUCGCUCAGAGGCUGGAGUUACGUGAGACACACUACUUCGGCCUUUGGUUUCUCAGCAAGAGCCAGCAAGUCCGCUGGGUUGAACUAGAAAAACCUCUAAAGAAGCAGCUGGACAAAUUUGCCAAUGAGCCUUUGCUUUUCUUUGGGGUGAUGUUCUAUGUGCCCAGUGUGUCCCGACUGCAGCAGGAGGUAACAAGAUACCAGUAUUACCUACAAGUGAAAAAGGAUGUUCUUGAUGGCCGAUUGCUUUCUUCAUUGGAGCAGGGAAUUCGACUAGCUGGUUUGGCAGUGCAAGCGGAUUUUGGAGACUAUAAUCAGUUUGAAUCUCAUGACUUCCUCCGAGAAUAUGUCUUGUUUCCUAUGGAUUGGACCCAGGAUGAAGCUGUUUUGGAGGAGCUGACUCAAAAGGUUGCUCAGGAGCACAGAACUCACAGUGGCAUUACAGCAGCAGAGGCUGAGCUUAUGUACAUCAAUGAAGUGGAACGCCUUGAUGGGUUUGGACAGGAAAUUUUCCCUGUGAAGGAUAAUCAUGGAAAUGACAUACACCUGGGUAUUUUCUUCAUGGGAAUCUUCAUAAAAAACAGAAUUGGAAGAACAACUGUGAUCUAUAGGUGGAAUGACAUUGGGAAUAUAGCACAUAACAAGUCUUCAAUUGUUCUAGAGUUGAUCAACAAAGAAGAGAAUGUGCUCUUUCACACAGAUGAUCUUGAAAAUGCCAAAUAUAUUUCACGGCUGUUUGCAGCAAGACACAAGUUUUAUAAACAGAACAAAAUCUGCACAGAACAAUCAAGUUCUCCUCCCCCUAUCCGACGCCGACCCACUUGGAGUAGGUCAUCCUUGCCAAGACAACAUCCAUUUAUACUGCCUCCUAUGCAUGUCCAGUGUGGAGAACACUACACUGAAACACAUAAUUCACAAGAUAGCAUUUUCCAUGGAAAUGAAGAAACUUUCUACUGUAGGUCUCAGACCAGUUUGGAUAGGUGUCCAAUGGACUUCAGCUACUUGAAUGGUAACAGACCCAAUGGGAGCGUAUGCAGUGCCCACAGCAUGAACUCUCUCAAUCGCUCACAGAACUUCAUCCAGGCAUCUCCAAUGUCCUCUAAUCUGAGCAUCCCUGGAAGUGACAUCAUGAGAGCAGACUAUAUCCCCAGCCACAGACAUAGUGCAAUCAUAGUACCAUCCUACCGGCCAACUCCAGACUAUGAAACCGUCAUGAGGCAAAUGAAGAGAGGGGUGAUCCAGAUGGAUAGCCAAAGUCAGUCUUUGAGGAAUCUCAAUAUUGGAAACACACAUGCUUACAACCAGCCGGAAGACCUAGUUUAUAGCCAGCCUGAGAUUCGAGAGAGACAUCCUUACACAAUCACAUACGGACCCCGGAGUAGUGGCUACAACAAGCCUGUCGCCCCAUCUGACCAAAUGAACCCUAACAAUGCUGCUCAGAGUAAGACAGCAGCCAGUGCCAUAUCCCAUACUGUCAGCACACCUGAGCUGGCUAACAUGCAGCUGCAGAGCAGCCAGAGCUACAACACCGCUCACAUGCUAAAGAACUAUCUCUUCAGACCCCCACCUCCAUACCCACGUCCACGUCCCGCCACGAGCACGCCAGACCUGGCAAGCCACCGGCACAAGUAUGUCAGUGGGAGCAGUCCUGACCUGGUCACUCGCAAGGUCCAGCUCUCGGUUAAAACCUUCCAAGAGGACAGCUCGCCAGUCGUCCGUCAGUCACUGCAAGAGGUCAGUGAGCCCCUCAUGGCAGUGAAGCACCACGCAGCUGUGAACAAGCGCCACAGCUUGGAGGUCAUCAGUAACAUGGUACGUGGUAUAGAAGCCAUGGCACUAAAAACUUUAAAUGCUCCUCUGCCGCGCAGGAACACUUUGCGGGAGCAAGUGCAGCCAGAAGAGUCCGUUCAGAUGGCGCAUGAAGUUCAGCAGAUUCCUCAUUAUCAUCACAAAAAGACAUUCUCUGAUGCCACAAUGCUGAUACACAGCAGUGAAAGCGAAGAGGAAGAAGAAACCCCAGAAUCUGUGUCGCAGAUUACAGCCCUCCAUAAGAACAUGGAGUACAGUGCUCAGCUGCAAGCUGCCUUGGCUAGAAUACCAAAUAAACCUCCUCCAGAGUAUCCUGGGCCUCGGAAAAGUGUCAGCAAUGGAGCCCUGAGGCAGGACCCUGUUAGCAUUUCUGUGGCUGUAGCCAGGGCCAAGGCCAUGAGGCCAGGGCCUUCCAAAGCCAUUAGUGUGUCUCGAACUGAUCAAAUGGCAAUAAACGGGUCCUCGCUCGGGCCCUCUAUCUCAGAGCCUGACCUCACAAGUGUGAAGGAGCGGGUCAAGAAAGAACCUGUCAAGGAAAGACCUGUGUCUGAAAUGUUUUCUAUUGAGGAUAGCAUUAUAGAAAGAGAAAUCAUGAUGAGGAAUCUAGAAAAGCAGAAGAUGGCAGGCCUGGAGGCCCAGAAGAGGCCCUUGAUGUUGGCAGCACUGAACGGACUCUCAGUUGCUAGGGUUCCAGUGCCGGAGGACAGCCAGGAUGAAGUCACCAAGGUGCCAAUGGAUGAGAGGUGCAAAAUCCUGAAGAGGAAGUUGGAAGAGGGGAUGGUGUUUACAGAAUACGAGCAGAUUCCAAAGAAAAAGGCAGAUGGGAUCUUCACCACUGCUGCCUUGCCUGAAAACACUGAGCGCAACCGCAUCAGGGAGGUCGUUCCUUAUGAGGAGAACAGAGUAGAGCUGGUGCCGACCAAAGAAAACAACACAGGCUACAUCAAUGCUUCACACAUAAAGGUUACUGUAGGUGGAGAGGAAUGGCACUAUAUUGCUACCCAAGGGCCUCUGCCACACACAUGCCAUGACUUCUGGCAGAUGGUGUGGGAACAGGGGGUGAAUGUUAUAGCCAUGGUCACAGCUGAGGAGGAGGGAGGAAGAAGUAAGAGUCAUCGUUAUUGGCCCAAACUGGGCUCUAAGCACAGCUCAGCCACUUACGGGAAGUUCAAGGUGACAACCAAGUUCCGCACAGACUCUGGCUGCUAUGCGACUACUGGUCUGAAGGUCAAGCAUCUUCUCUCUGGACAAGAGAGGACAGUGUGGCAUUUGCAGUACACUGACUGGCCAGACCAUGGGUGUCCAGAAGAAGUCCAGGGCUUUUUAUCUUACCUGGAGGAGAUCCAGUCGGUGCGCCGCCACACCAACAGCGUGCUGGACAGCAGCAACCCCUGCAACCCGCCCAUCGUGGUGCACUGCAGCGCUGGGGUGGGCAGGACCGGCGUGGUCAUCCUGACCGAGCUGAUGGUCGGCUGCUUGGAGCACAAUGAGAAGGUGGACGUUCCUGUGAUGCUGAGACACCUGCGGGAGCAGAGAAUGUUCAUGAUCCAGACCAUAGCCCAGUACAAGUUUGUCUAUCAAGUGCUCAUCCAGUUCCUGCAGAACUCCAGACUUAUUUAACCUUUUCAAACAUCCCAGAUCCAGCUUUGUGGAUCUGACUGAACCUUACCGAAGAACAAGAGGAACUGCCUUGACAACGCUGUGUGCAUGUAUUGCACUUCUUAAAGUUGUCUGGAAAGUAAGGAAUGCUUGUUCUUUACUAGAGUCUCCCAUGGAUUAUUUUAUACAAGAUAUAAUUUAUUUUUCUUGGAAUAACUUGUGAAUUACUUUAAUAACUUGUAAAACUUACAGUGACCUUCAAACUGAAUCACAUUCAGCAUGACUGGUCUGGAUUGUAACAUGUCCAUAAGGAAAGCAAUCCUUUGUAAAGGUAGUUUGCUGGCUUUAUUUUGCUACACAGCUUCUGAAAUGAACAGUUAUUUGGCAGUGGGCUUUUUCUCCUGUAAGAACAUUCUGGACCCAGACACGUGGCGUCCAUGGUAAGAACAAGACCUGCUACAGCUACAGUUGUGUUUGAGUGGAAGCUGUGGGGACACAGUCCUGGAGCACAGAGGCCUGAGCCUCUGCACACACAGCAGGGCACGUUACAGAGGGCUCAAACACAGGACAUUGUGAGGGCAGAGCGUUUUGGGUGCUGAACUGUCCAAAUUCCACAAGAAUUAAGGUUUUAGAUUAGGCCUUGAAAAAAAGCAAUAUUGGAUCUUUUAAACGAGGCCUUUGCUACUGUCUGCAGUCCUUGAAGUGGUUCAGAAGAGCCGAAGCAGUGCAGGGUGAAGGGCAGUGACCUGGAGCAGGCUGAGGUCAGCAGAUGAGUGUUUCUGGUAACUGUGGUGGUCUGUGAGUUAAACAGCAGAGGAAUUUCAACUCAAUGCAGCUGAAAAAACCCUCAAACCAAGCAUGUUCUCAUGGAUUACACUGAAAGUUUUACUGCCUUGAGGCUCACCUCCUGUAGAAAAGGAAUCUCAUUCAAGUUAGGCACCUCCAGUUGCUUUAGUUUCACGUGUAAACUACUGCCUUCAGCAGUGUCAUCAUUUUACUUUCUAGUCAUUUGAACUUUAAAUGGUCAUUAUGGUCUUUCUUCCAUAUCUGAGAUCUCCAAACAGUGACCCUUGAGAGCUUUAGCUCAGAGUCUGCCUGAAGUCUUCCCCCAUCACUAUCUUGUGGUUUCUGAGCACAGGGAGCAGUCUGUCUUUUGGUGUUGACCCACCUCACUUUGUUAGGGUAUUUACUGUAUUGAAUUGCACAGAUCAUCUCUCUUCUCUGGGUCACUUUGGAUUCUCCCUCCUAUUUAUUACUAUUUUAUCUGCGUAGUGUUCAGGGAUUCCAGUGAGGAUUAGAGGAUGUUGUAUAAAUACAUAAAGGAGAAAUGGUCCUUGCCUGAAGUUUACAACCAGAAAAGAAAAGGGAAACAAACCUCAUCCACUGCAUAACUAGGGCACAGAUCCUUUACUGGCUUGCCCUAGGCCAACAGUGAAAUCUGUGACAGAGCUAGGAAAAACCCUCUGUUUCCUAGGAGUAUCUCAGCAGUUAGACCUGUCCUCCUCUGUCUCUCAGCACUGGCUAGCUGCUUAGUAUGACUUGGUGCAUAUUCUUUUCUCCAAACUGUUCAUUUCACAGGAGUAUAGCACGUUAUGAAUUACCUUGCAGUGUGUGCAGGGCAUUUAUGCACGGUUAGUUAGAAGUGACAGUAACUGCACUUUUAAAAAGAUAUUAAAAGGGAUAAAAAAAUAGAAUUAAAACCAAACCAACCAACCAAAGCUUUAGCAAAUCAUGGUGGGUCUCCCACACUGUUAUUUCUGGUGUAAGAAAUGGAAAGUUCCUGCACUGAGGUUGCUCCCCACCCCUGCACUGACUCCUCUUUCCUGUGGGCAGUCCAGCCCUGCUCCAACUUGGCAGUCCUGAUAGAUGGCUGGAGGAUGGAUCAGGCUGGAGAGGAGCCCUCGGGGUCUCUGCUCCCUCUCUGCCCUGCUCACCCCACAGCUAAGUCGGAGGGGCUUGCCCACAGUCCCAUCCAGCUUCAGAGGUCUGCAAGGGUGGUGAUGUUGCAGCCUCUCAGGGCACAUGAUGUAGUUACUCUUUCAUGGUGAAAUUACCUUUCUUGGUAUCCCUUUCCCAGAUUAAAUUAAAUCUUUUAGUCUUAUUACUGCUUUUCCAUUGCAUUCCCUCCUCCAAACCCCUGGUCAGUGUUUGAAGGCCUAAGCUGACAACUUCAGCACUAAUGGGGCCCACACGCUGGCCCCUGCCUAAAAUCAGUGGGAGUUUAAGCUAAGGCUGCGUACCAGAAUGUGUCUUAAAUGCAUUUUAAACCUAUGCUGUGUUGAUGUGGUACUCUGCAGUAGAGGCCUAAUGAGGUGAUGAGGAUUGGUGGAGGCUUCCAGCUACCAGCAAAUGGUGAGGAGUUUUUCAGCUCUAAUGUCUUGACCGUGUUCCUUUUAGGGCUUAGUUGAGUUUUCAGUCAACUUCAGUUUUCCUCUGAUUCCUUCUGCCAAUGCCAACAUAGAUCUUGUUAAAUUAGCAGCAACCAUUUAAAGUCUUUGCAGCAGCAUCUGCAUGAUAAUUGCACAGAGAUGCUUUCUAUCUGGGAAACAGGCCAAGGAAUAAACCUUGAAGCAAAGUGUGUUAAAUUAGUUAUCUCGUUAGAACUUUCUGAAUAAUUUCCUAAUGAUGAAUUAAGUUUGAACUCAGAGCUGUCAAGUCCCAUUGCUCCACUUGGAUGUGAGAAGGGAGGGCAAAGAAUCUGUCGCUGUGUCUUACUAUUCAACUGCUCUUGGCUGAAACGUCUACUUCUGUUUCUACAGUGAGCACAGGAGAGUUAUUGCAUAAGAGAAUGUAGAGCUGUGAUUGAAAGAAAGAAGAUUAAGCAAAUGGUUUUUAUGCAAAGAUGCAUCAUAGGUGUCUUAGAAAAGUAUUAAUUACAAAAUGGCACCAAAAAUCCUUUCCAUAUUAAAUCAGUGCCCAUUAAUGAGCCAAACGAGUGGCCAUGGAGUAAACAGUCAUUUCCACUCACCUCCUACCGUGCCUGCUAUGGUAGAUAGAGGCCAAUGUGACUCACUUUUUCCCUUUCAUUGUCAAAGAAUGGUAAUUUUAAACUUUUCCUUUCAUCUGACUUCAAUGUAUUUUUUCCAGCUAGAUUUUAUCUUGACUAGAUCUGCUAAUACCAUAAAUGAAUUGGGCUGGUGCAUGUCUUCAGAGGUUCCUUUCCACCCCAGCUUGCAACCGAACCUCAGCGUGCCGAUGCUUUAUGAUUGAAAUGUGAUACACUUUUGUAGGGGAAAAACUGAACCUGCUGACUUUGAACCUGUUGUAGUUUUAUCACACCGAAAUUGGUUGGGCAGCAUUUCCUAACCUUUAGGGAGUGACAGGAAAAUGCAUUUUGCAUCCAAUUUUAUUAGUCAUAGCAGGAAUGAACACAUGAGACUUAAAGCAACAGUACUGUUUAGUUUCUGUCCUGCAGACUUAAACAGCGGAGUCCCUAAGUAGAAAAGGACAGUCUGGAGUUGCUGUAUGUUGUGUUGCAUGGGUUUAACAUCAAAGCAUGACAGGUUCCAAGAGACCAGUGACCAGGUUCAUCCAUUUGGAGGAAAGUCUGGAUUGAAAAUCCCACAAAGAUGCAUCAAUGGUCAAUGAAUGGAGCCGCUCCUUAAGAAGUCUUCUCCCAAGGCACCCACAUUCAUGUUCAGCCUAUGCUCCCUGACUCUUGGAGUGGAUGAGUAAGUCUGACUUGGGAAUCCAUUGUGUGUGUUUUCCUUUUUGUGCACUCUUCAUCUGUACUUAAUCCGUCUUUUCUUUAAGUUCUCACCAAUGAUAGUAUUGAGGUUGCUGGCCUCCAAUCUUUGGUUAAUUUUGGUCUGAGCAUUUCAUGCCUGACAUUGUCUGAUCAGGGAUGGGGAGAGAUGACAGCCAAGUUGUGAGGAUGGUGGACAUGAGCUGCUCAGGUCUCACUUGUUCCAGCUCCUCCACAGACCUGCUUUGGCACCUCAGGUCCUGGAUUAACUGAGGGAGGAUGAAGCUUGUUCCCACAAGCCUUCUCCUAUAUAGAUGAUAGGGACCCUAAACGCUCAGCCUUGUUGGAAAUACCUUUUCCCUGAACUAGUUUCAGCUGGCAGGAGACACAUCUGUGAGGCCUUAUUCAACCUAUUGCUAAUGCAGUCCUUUAUAAAAAGUAUACUGAAGGACAUUUAUGUUCCACGUAUUUAAAACAGUUGCCUCACUCCAAAUAUUAAUAAAUAGUUGCAUGAUUUCAAGAGCUUUAUUUUUAAUUACUUUCUUGUAAGCAGACAGAAAUGCAAAUGGCAAAACAUCGCUUGGUAAAGAAUGAAUAAGUCUUGGUGCUUCAAGAGAGAUGGUCAUUCCAAACUAAUACAGUAUUUUUUUGAUCCAGUAUCUGCUGCCUCUGUAGCCCAGAAGUCACUCUAAAAUAAAUGCUGAUGGGCAAUCUCAUACUUGGAUAUAGCACACAAAUCCACGGGGAGAAUGCAGCAGCUACUGACUGUGCUGCAUUCUCAACACCUGACUUCCCCCUGGUCUCCUGGGAAGAGAUCAUGAUUGCAUUAGCCAUUGUCAGUCUCACUUACAGUUUGUGAUCCACGUGCUCACGAAGUGGAAGCAUCAGUGUGGGUGAUACCUGCUGUGGCAGCUCCUGGGCAUCACUGAGAGAGAUCAGGGUUAAAUUUUGCUGCUUGUCUUUGUGGGAAAGAACACUUUACAUCCAGAGUGGUGGGGUGGCACCCACUGUGUGCGAUAAAGGAUGCAUUGCAUUGAAGGAGCAAAUACCAGAACUGAGCCUGAAAGGGAAGCACUGCAUGAAAGCAGCUCCUGACACCCUUCUACAAACAGAAGUGUCAAUCUGCUGAUGUAUAGUCCAAGUCAUACGGGGUUUGGUGCCAACAAGAGAGAGGUUUCAAGUCCAAAACGCCAAAGGCAAUUGUCCUCAGCUCGUUCUAAGCCUCCUAGAGAAGUUUUCUUAUAGCAUCUGGUGCUGUGUGAUGUACAGAUGCCAUGUGAGGCUGGAGAGAGGAGGACACUGCACACGUGGCUGCGUGGCUUGGCUUGCAGGGACUGUCAUUUGGGGAAGGGAAGAGCUGGCUGCUGGGGCUGUUGGGCAGAUGGGACAUGACAACAGUCUUAACCAUAGAUAAACUACUGUUAGAUUGUGAAACAUGUAGUGCACAGGUCAAAAGUAGCAGUGCUUACAUAAAUAUUUCAAGUAAAUAAAUCUUGUCAGUGUUUUUAGAGUAUCUCGGACUACAGUUCCAUUGCUCUCAACCAUUUUUAGCCAGUGUGUUCCUUUGUGGUUCCAUUGCCUGUGCACCCUCACUGAGCACUUCCCACAUGCUACAACAGCAGGACUUUGCCUUUGGAGGGUGAACUGCAAGUCAGUGUUGAAGUAGUGCUGGGAUUCUUCAGUGAAAGCUGCUCUUUAACAGUGAGGGCAAGACUAAUACUUCUGCUGAUCGCUGAGAUGUGUAGUGCUUGAUAGUUUUACUCUGCCAAAUCACCUGGGUAAGACACUCUGCUCCAGGUAUUUCAGGGGCAGUGUUCCCUGAUGAGGCAGGCAGGAAUAGGAGAGGAAGGCUUCCUCCCUUUCUUGGACAGUGGCUGGUAGGUGACACUUAAGGAGGAACUAUGUCUAGAAGAGGGUGCUCAACCCCUCCAGUAGACCUGGCAACCAGUCCUGCAGGCCCUUCCUGAGGCCAAAGUUGAGUCCUGCUCACUGUGUUUAAUAACUGCUGAUGGAGCCAUCUCCUAUGAAACCUCCUCUCUAGAACCUAUUUCCUCCUCUGGCCUUCAUGAUGUCCUGCGUCGGCAAGUUCCACAACUUAAUCAUGCAUUAAGUAAGUGUCUAAAAACUUCCUUUUUGUGCAUGCUAAACGAAAGUUAUUUUCUUGCUGCUAGUUGGUCUUUGAAAGAAAACAAAUCUUGAGUGCCAGAAACACUGUUAAUAGGAUGUGUAUCUUGUUGCAAUUGCGCCAUAUGGAAACCACGUUUUCCUUACUAGUAAAGUACCUUUCUUGGGCAAUUUUACAAAGGAGAAAAGUUUACACAUGCAGAUGACUGUAAUAUUCCCAUAUAUAAUUGUGUGGGACAUGUUAAAUGAAAUAACAUGUUUAAGUAAGUUUUAUGUCACUGGAUUUUACUGCCCUGUUUUACUUCAGUAUUUUGACGCUUCCUGGUUUAUUUGUUCUGUAACUCUGUACGUGACAGUUCAGCACAGAACAGUGAGCUGAAUCUCACCCCCUCGUUGUACGUACACCUUUUGUAGAGACAUGAGGCAGCAGUUAUGUGCCUUUCCAGCCCCCCCAGUCCCUCCUGUUAGGGCUGAAUGGCAGAACUACUCUAUGCUAUUGAAAGCCUUUUAAAAAAUAAAAAUAGAAAAAAAUCUAUGCAUGCUAUUUUAUAUUCUAAUGUACUAUUCAUAUCAGUCCAUAAGCUUAUGCUUGUCAGUUUUAUCUUGUGUAUAGAACUGAUAACUUUUGACAGUAUUUUUGCACUGUUCCUUUUCCUUCUCUUUUUAUAAAGUUCUAUUCAGCAUUAAUUGACUGCAGUAAUUUUUUACCCUUUUAACUGCCUUUGUGUAAAUAGUUUAUGAUAUGCUUUGGCAAAUAUGAGAAUGUCUCCAGUCACUAAGGUUUUUUGGUAAGGCUGUCCUUCAUAUUCACAGUAUACAAUAAACCAUUUUUUUUUUCAA